AUGACAUGGUUUCUGAAACGUAUCCAAACAUUUUAUCCAGCUAUACGAGGAUUUGCAUCCGUCAAACCACUACCGCGAGCUUCAUACGCUUGUCUUGAGGAUAAAGAUUUGACGCAUUUUGAAGCAAUCGUUGGGUCGAGGGACGUGCAGACGGAUGAUCUGGACCCGUACAAUAUCGAUUUCUUGAAAGCUUACAAAGGGUCGUCGAAAUGUGUCCUGUUUCCGACGAGUUAUGACGAAGUCUCAGAAAUCUUGCGACAUUGUUAUUCGCGAAGGCUUGCCGUGGUACCACAAAGUGGCAAUACUGGUUUGGUUGGCGGUUCGGUGCCUGUCUACGAUGAAGUUAUCGUGUCGCUACGUAAACUCAACAAACGAUUCACUUUCGAUCCUCAUUCAGGGCUACUGGACUGUGAUGCUGGUUUUAUCCUGGAAGAAGUGGAUAAUCGCUUGGCAGACGAUCGAUAUAUGGUACCGUGGGAACUUGCAUCUCGAGGAUCAUGUCUGUUAGGCGGUAAUAUUUCAACCAAUGUGGGUGGCGUACGACGUCUGCGUUUUGGUCCUGUACGCAGUCAUAUCCUUGGAUUGGAUGUUGCAUUGGCCGACGAGAGUGGUUCGGUUGUGACAUUUGGUUCGAACAUGAAAAAGGAUAAUACCGGUUUGCACACUCAUCAUCUGUUCAUCGGAGCAGAAGGACAACUCGGCGUUAUCGUUGGAGUAAAAAUGUGCGCCACAGCACGGCCCAUGUCCACCGAAGUGAUGAUGCUGGGCGCAGAAAAUAAAGAGAACUGCUUGAAACUACUCCAUCUAGCUAAGCAGAUGUUGGGCGAAAUUUUAUCCGUAUUUGAGAUUAUGGAUUCGCACUGUAUGCGUUGCUUGCUGGAAAAUAAUCAGCUGAAAAGCGUUCUAACAACAAAUCCGUCAUUUACAUUGCUCAUCGAAACGAUGGGAUCCAAUGAAGCGCACGAUAAAGAAAAAGUGGAGAAGUUUUUAAACACAGCUAUUGACCAAGGAAUAUGCUCAGAUGGCGUGCAAGCAGCAAAUGCACAUGAAGCAGAUUAUAUGUGGAAAUUGCGAAAAACUAUACCACUGGCGCCAAUACUUGACGGUUAUGUGUAUAAGCAUGAUAUUGCACUUCCAAUGGAGCAUUUCUUCACACUUCCUGACGUGGUAUUUCUCCUCAGUAUAUGCUUUUUAGAUUUUUGUGAAUGA